ACCAUAUGCUUCCUCCACUCCCAACACCCAACAAGAACUCUCUCUCUCUCUCUCUCUCUCUCUCUCUCUCACAGACCUAAACACAAACUCAUAGACUACAUAAGCCUCUUCAAGGUACAAGGUAAAUUGAAAUAUGAAGCAGAACUUCCUUCCAGUUUUGCUUCUCUUCCUCAUUGUUUCCCUUUUCAGCAACUCAUACUCAACUGCCCGCAAGUUGGCUAUCACAAAUAAACAGGGAGAAGCAGGUGUGAAUCUCAACAAGAUCAGCAACAGGGAUUUUUAUCUCCAGAAGGAGACCGUUAAUUCUUUUGAUAAGGUGACGGAGGCUGAGGAAUGUCCAAACAAAGAUGAAGAGUGCUUGAGAAGGGUUCUAUUAGAGGCUCACCUGGAUUACAUCUACACACAGCACCAUAAACCUUAGAUAUCCCAGAGAAAUAAACAAAUUAAGGGCCAGUUCAAGAACAGCUUUCACAAGUUUUUAGCUGCUUUAAAAUGUCUUUUAUUUAGCAUAUUAUUUUAGAAUUUAUUCCUAAAGUAUAUGUAUAAAAAUGGAGAUUCUCCCACCAUGUUCUAGUAGUUGCCUUUCGAUUCCUCCUUUACUCUUGAUCAGUCAUGAUCGGAGAUGCUAUUAUUAAUAUAUAGAAGAAUAUUUGUUAUUGUU